CGACUUACCUGUGACGUGGGCCGGGGAAGGCGCUGCGGCGCCCGGGCUCGCGCUGGAGAGCGAGGGGGAACGCAAAAUGGCGGAGCUCGAAGACGUAACGCUGGAUGGGAAGCCGCUUCAUUCGCUCCGGGUGGCGGAUUUGAAAGCCGCCUUGGAGCAGCGGGGUCUUCCCAAAAGCGGGCAGAAAAAUGCACUUAUUAAGCGACUAAAGGGGGCUCUGAUGCUGGAGAACCUGCAGAGAACCUCCACUCCACACAUUGGGCUCCAGCCCAAUUCUCAGAUGGGGGAGGAAAUGAGCCAGAACAGCUUUAUAAAGCAGUACCUGGCCAAGCAGCAGGAGCUCCUCAGGCAGCGGCUGGAGCGGGAGGCUCGGGAGGCUGCUGAAGCGGACGGUGAAAAGCAAAAUACGGACAGUGCCGUAGCACCCGAAGAGGAAGACCACACAGAGGGUAACAACAUCGCUUCCUGUCCAGUAGAGGAGCAGCCCUCAUUGUCCUCACGUACCAUGUUUGGUCAGCCAGAAGAUGACGACGGGGAUGAAACGAUGACCCAGGACGUCGAUCGAGCCAAAGAAGACAUGGAAACUGCCAUACCUUCUGCUCCCCUGUCACACCGCAGGGCACUGAUACAACACGCCUCAGAGAGACAAACAGAAGCGCCCUCUGCCUUCAGUUCACUUGCCCCUGAACCUGGACCCCAGGAGGCCCCUGAGGUCCCCAGAGGCAGAGCUCACCGCUCCUCCUCCAGCCGCUUGAGUCAUGAGGAGCCUUCGACACUGGAGGCAGCCACAGGAGCUGCUCCACCCCGUGCUGUAGCCUCUCUGUCUGUCCGUGUCGUUGGGGACCAUGCAAAGGAGGGCUCUGCCCAAUCGGGGUCUGCUUCACCCCAUUCCACUCCGCAGCUUGGCCGGUCUGCCCGGGGAUCUGGAUUCGGGCAGGACGAAAGCGAGGAAGAAGAUGACAGCGAUGAGGAUGAAGACUGGGGUGUUGGGGCUGCCAGGAGGGGUGCCGGUCGAGGCCAGCCCCACAGCAACCUGCAGUCGUUGCGAGAGAGAUCCAGGCGUAAACAACUGCCCCCACAGCAUAUACCCCCACCGCAACUACCCCAUCAGGCCCCGCUACAGCUGCGGCAACCCACUCCCCCACCAUCUCCUCCACCUGAGUUGUCCUUCCCGUUGCCUGACACACCAAAACAGAGCCCUCCUGGCCUGGAUGAGCCUGAGGGGGCAGCAGCUGCUGCAGCAGCAGGAAGUGCAGAGAGGGUGGGAUCGCCCCCCUCUCUUCAGCGCCAGGAGAGUAGCUCGAGUUCCGGCAGCUCUGGUUCCAGCAGUCCAGAACCUUCUCAUCAGCGUGGGCCUGGCCCGCUCACCCUCCUGGCCCUUAAGAUGGAGUCUGAGGGGGCAUUUGCCAGGGGACGAGAACGCAGCCGCUCCGAGGAUGACGAGCAGAAAACCGGUGCCCCUGAUGCCGGAGAAUCUGCCUCCCCGGCUUUGGAAUCCCCAGGUGAAGGGCGCCAAGAGAGAACAGCACCCCCGGUCAUACAUGCUGGAAGUGUAGAUUCUCAGUCGCCGUCCCCUGCUGACAUUCCCACUGUACACGGGAGGAAGAGCGAGGCAACGAUGAUGUUCGCUGCAAAGAUCUGA